AUGGCUGUUUACAAAAUCUGUGCAUUUUUUGCAAUAAUUUGUGCUGUAAGUAAUGCACAAAGGCCAUUUUACGCUGGUUUGAGACCAAUUGGAUAUCCAGAAGUGGAAUCAAAUGUGCUCACAAACAGAUUCGGAGAAGAUGCUGAUCUUCCCAUAGAAGCUAAAGGAGAUGGAAAUUUAAUUAAUAGAUUUAACCAGAUGCCCGUAGACAACAGGCCUUUUUGGUACCUGAACUGGCGCCAAUAUGAUGCAUUAAGAAGAAACCCACAGACCUACCCACAAAGGCCAAAUGGAUUUGUAGAUAGAAAUACGUUUAGAAGAUAG